UGCUCUUUAAACACACACACAUACACUGUGCAUACACACACACACAGCAAAAAAAAAGAUGGCAGUUUUGCUCAGCAGUUACUCGAUACCUUUACUUGGAACCAGCAUCUUCAUUGCCGCUCUGACCUACCUCACCUACAGGCUGCUCAGCGAUUACCUGCACAAAUGGUUUGUUAUGAAGCCCAUUCCGGAGGCGGAAGGAACGUAUCCCUUCAUAGGAAAUGCACUGCAGUUCAAAACCAAUGCAGGUGAUUUCUUCCGUCAAAUUGAGGAUUUUACCCGUGAGUUCAGGGAUGCACCGCUAUUUAAACUCUGGGUUGGACCAGUCCCAUUUGUGGUUCUGUAUCAUGCUGAAAAUGUUGAGACGAUUCUGACCAACGCUGUCCACAUGGAAAAGGCCUAUGCAUACAACUUCCUCCACCCGUGGCUUGGAACUGGCCUUCUUACAAGCACUGGGAACAAGUGGCGUCAGCGUCGGAAGAUGUUAACCCCCACCUUCCACUUCUCCAUCCUGACGGACUUCUUGGAGGUGAUGAACGAGCAGGCAGCCAUCCUGGUGGAGAAGCUGGAGAAGAAGGCGGGGAAGGGUGAAUUUGACUGCUUCAGUCACAUAACCCUGUGUGCCCUGGACAUUAUCUGUGAAACUGCAAUGGGAAAGAACAUUUACGCCCAGAGUCAUUCUGACUCAGAGUACGUUAAGAGCGUGUACAAAAUGAGUGACAUCGUGAGCCGCAGACAGAGGACACCAUGGUUUUGGCCUGACUUUGUGUACAACUACUUUGGUGAGGGACGGGAGCACGACAAGACGCUCAAGGUCCUGCACUCCUUUACAUACAAAGUGAUACAAGAAAGAGCGGAGAGCAUUUCCAAUACGGAUUCGGACAGCGACUCUAAAGAGGGCAAAAAGAAAAGACAAGCAUUUCUGGACAUGCUCCUGAAGACCACUUAUGAGGAUGGAAAGAGAAUGAGCCACCAGGACAUUCAGGAGGAAGUGGACACCUUUAUGUUUAGGGGACAUGAUACGACAGCAGCCUCCAUGAACUGGUCCCUACAUCUGCUGGGCUCCCAUCCUGAGGCACACAGGAAAGUUCAAGAAGAGCUUCAGGAGGUGUUCGGUACAUCCGACCGCCCCGCUAACACAGAGGACCUGAGGAAGCUCAAAUACCUGGAGUGUGUGAUCAAGGAGGCCCUGCGACUGUUUCCCUCUGUGCCUUUCUUUGCCCGCAGCAUCGGUGAAGACUGCCACAUCAGUGGUUUCAAGGUGCCCAAAGGUGCCAACGCCAUCAUCAUCACCUACGCUCUCCACCGUGACCCGCGAUACUUCCCCGAGCCCGACGAGUUCAGGCCGGAGCGCUUCCUGCCCGAGAAUACAGUGGGACGGCCUCCGUAUGCGUACGUCCCCUUCUCCGCUGGACUCCGCAACUGCAUAGGUCAACGUUUUGCCCUCAUGGAGGAAAAGGUUGUCUUGUCGUCCAUUCUGCGUAACUUUGACAUUGUGGCUUGUCAGAAACGUGAAGAUUUACAGCCGGUAGGAGAUCUCAUCCUGCGACCAGAGAAGGGCAUCUGGAUCAAACUGGAUAAGAGGAAAACCCAAACUUAAUCAAAUCAGCACCUGCUCCGCUUUAUAGAAGCUUUUCACUAAUUUCAUCUUGUGCUCUCCAUUCAAAGCACAUCCUUUCCAAUUAUAAUGGUGUAAUGGCUUCUAAAUACCCACUUGAUGGGUCAGGGAGAAUAGUGACAUUGGUGUUUGAUUUAAGAACUUUGUCAUCAUUAUCAGGUCUCGAGAUUUGACAGUUUGUUAUUGUGAUUCACUAUUCUGGCACAACAACUAUGCCCUUUUGUUUUGCCAAAAGAGCGUUAAAAAUGAACUUUACAAAUAUGUUUUGCUAUAAAAAGCUAAGAAAUUAUGGUGGGAUUGAAUGAAAAUCUUAGCAGAGUAUGUGUAUUGCUUUUAGAAAGGUUCCUGUUUAUUAUAAGACACAUUAGUGAUAAAUAACUGAAUGAAAUUUAGAUGAAUGGUGGUACUCAACUGGCAGUAACUGCCAUCAAUUUUCUAGGUUCCAUGUUUUGAAUAUAUACUGUGAUGUACAACUAUUUUGCUUUACUUUCAUUUGUUUGUUAAUACACACAAUUCUUAAUGAAUCAUGCUUGAAA